GGUGUCUCAUUUGGUUUCAUUUGGGGGUGGGUUUUGUGGGGAGCGACCGAGACCUCUCAUAAAUCGGCCGUGGUGGUGUGGUGUGGAGGCGGCGCCUAGUUUGUUCUCCGGAUCACCACUUGCUCGCUUGCGGCGUCGGCCGUCGCCUUUUCCCGGUCCCGCUCCUCUGGUGGUUCGCAUCGGGAGCGCAUUGACGCCGGUUUCGAUCGCAGCCUUCCCGAUCUACUCUCUUCGGCUGACGGGAUCCGUGAGCUCUCUCAGAUCUCUCUUCCGUGUUCUCCGAGUCUCUGCUGAUUUAUUUGACUCUUUUGGUGUCCUAUAUGAGAAAUAAGGUCGUCGUCUUGGCGAUCCAGUCAACUUGUCUAUUUCAUGCCGGCCGCAGCAUGUGUGGUGGUCCGGAGCGCAUAAAGCCUUCAUCGUCGUCGUCGCCGGCUCCAACCUCACGGGGAGAGCAUCAACAACACGGUCCGGUCUUGGGAAUGAAUCAUCUCACCGUCGAGAUCGCUGACUCCUCGAGCCUCCUUGAACUCGCAGCCAACAACGAUGCGGAAGCAUUCGGGCGAUCCCUCGAUCGUGACCCGUUGGCCGUGGACGACGUCGGCCUCUGGUACGGCCGCAGGAAGGGCUCCAACCGCAUGGUGCUCGAGCACCGAACUCCCCUGAUGGUGGCGGCCACGUACGGCAGCCUUGACGUCCUCAAGUUCAUCCUCUCCCUGCCGUCUGUCGAGGUCAACCGUGCGUCCGCCCCAGAUAACACCACCGCGCUCCACUGUGCUGCAUCCGGCGGAUCCUUUGAUGCUGUUGAUGCCGUGAAGGCACUCCUCGCGGCUGGUGCCGAUCCUACGUUGGUCGAUGUCAAUGGGGACCGCCCGGCCGAUGUGAUUGUCGUGCCUCCCAAGUUGCCUGAUGUGAAGAGUGCCCUCGAACAGCUUCUUGGAAGGCGCAGUAAUGCGUCGGGUGGUGGUGCCGAUCACCAUCAUCUUCCCCUUGGUGUGAUGACCGACUCGACGAGCUCCAAUUCGCCACCGCGUUCUUUGUCCCCUGAUGAGGACGGCACUCGAUCGUCCAACUCGACUUCCUCUCCUCCGACGGCAAAGGACCCUGACCUUCCCCCGGUGAGGGUGUCCGAGAAGAAAGAGUAUCCAGUAGACCCGUCGCUUCCAGAUAUCAAGAACAGCAUAUAUACCACGGAUGAGUUCCGUAUGUUCUCCUUCAAGAUCCGCCCGUGCUCUCGUGCUUAUUCGCAUGACUGGACCGAGUGCCCCUUCGUCCACCCUGGUGAGAACGCCCGGCGGCGUGACCCGAGGAAAUACCACUACAGCUGCGUCCCGUGCCCUGACUUUCGGAAGGGGUCGUGCCGGAGGGGAGACAUGUGUGAGUAUGCACAUGGGGUGUUCGAAUGCUGGCUUCACCCGGCGCAGUACCGCACGAGACUCUGCAAGGAUGGAACCAGUUGCUCCCGCCGGGUCUGUUUCUUUGCGCACACGAACGAGGAGCUGCGUCCGCUCUAUGUGUCAACUGGGUCUGCUGUUCCUUCUCCACGUGCAACCUCUGCUGCAAUGGAGAUGGCAGCUGCGAUGGGGCUCAUGCCCGGCUCACCGUCAUCGGUCUCUGCUGUUAUGUCUCCCUUCACGCCACCCAUGUCGCCGUCGGCCAAUGGUAUUGGACACUCUUCGUUGGGUUGGCCGCAGCCAAACAUGCCCACGUUGAAUCUUCCUGCAAGCAAUCUCCAGGCAAGCAGGCUGCGCUCAUCUCUCAGUGUGAGAGACAUCCCUCCGGAUGACCUCUCAGCAAUAUCCGAGUUUGAUACCCAGCAGUUGUUGAAUGACCUGUGCUACUCCCGUCUGAGUUCUUCUGCUGGGAAUUGUACCAUCCGAACCAAUACACUGAAUCCAUCAAACCUUGAUGAUCUUUUUUCAGCAGAGGUCGCCAUAUCUCCAAGGUACAAUUCUGAUCAGGGGUCUGUGUUUUCUCCGUCACACAAGGCAGCUAUACUCAACCAGUUCCAGCAGCAGCAGAGCCUGCUCUCACCCAUUAAUACAAGUGUGUUCUCACCGAAGGCGGUGGAUUCUCAGCAGCUACCUGCUCAUUCAUCACUCUUACAGGCCUCUCUGAAUACCUCUUCUCCUGGUGUCAUGUCUCCACGAAGCAUGGAGCCUGUCUCUCCUGUGAGUUCUCGUCUGGCUGUUCUUUCACAAAGGGAGAGGCAACAGCAGACACUCAGGAGCCUGAGCUCCCGUGAUCUUGGUCCCAUCUCAUCUCCUGUUGUUGGCUCUCCUGUUAACUCAUCAUGGUCCAAGUGGGCAUCCCCCUCCGGUACACCUGAUUGGACAGUGAAUGGUGAAGAGCUGGGACGUCUUAGACGAUCAUCAUCCUUUGAAUUACGAGGAAAUGGGGACGAGCCUGAUCUGUCAUGGGUCCAUUCACUAGUGAGGGAAUCACCACCGGAGAAAGUGAUCUCUGCUGCAAUGGCUUCUGCUGGUCCUUCAAGCUUGUCUGCGGUUGGUGGUGAGAAUUUAAAUUCAAACGGUCAGAUGAAUGGGCAUGAUCAACCUGCAUUGCUUGGUGCAUGGCUUGAGCACCAAGAAAUUUUGGAUGGGAAGCAUUCAGUAAUAUUUAACAGUAAUAUUUAAUGACUCUUAUUAUACAAUAUUUUUUGGUUGGUUGGUGAAGAAGGAAAAGAUGCAGAAAGGAGUGAUUUCAGAGAUUCAUUUCUUCAAAAACCGAUUUAUUAUAAACUUCAUGGAGUUCAGUCAAUUCAAAUAUAGGGGUUGAAUCAAGACCGACUCCAGGUAAACUGCUUUCCUAUAUUUUGAACUUUUAACUCUUUUUUCUUUUGGUUUACUUGUCUAAAUCCCCAGUAUAUGUUUUAAGGCAAUGAAAUUUGUGUAGUUUUCUUUCUUUUUUCCCCUUAGUGUUUGCAAUUAUAAUGUCGAUCUUUGGUGGGAUGGAUAGUGGGUAAUGGAGUGACAAGGCUAGUCUCUUUGAAGUUGCAUCUUUUUGAGAUUUGGCAGGUUUUAUUUUGGUUGGAGAGGAAAGAUGAUCUAAAGGCAUUUAGUGAAGUGCCCCACUUGAGGACCUACAUUAUUGCAGUUGGUCGAACCAAGAUUAGGAAAAGUUGGUGCAUAAGUUAUCUGCUUGAUGUAGCACUUGAUUAAGCUUUAUUUCUAUUUAAUCAAAUACAUUAUUUUUUAUAAUUGAUCCUAAUUUUAUGUGGAUCAUCCCUUGGUUAUCUUCAUCAUAUCCUUGGUUGUUUGUUCACGAGUUGUUGCUUUAUGUGAUGUUCUUCUUAUUGAUCUACAUGUACACAUUCUUGAUUGAAAAGAUGCAGUCAUGGUGGUGGGGCAAGUUAUAGGAAAUUCGGGAAGAACUUAGUCAUGCAGCAUAAUAUUUUAUGGAUGUGUGUUGUUGCCAUCUCUUAUUCCUUACUGACUUUGUGGGAUCCUAAUGGAAGCUUAUGAUGGUGACUGCCUUUUGGAUAUGUUGUAUGCAAUCUCUCAAGCAAACAAAGUUCUCUACGAAGAUGGUGAUUUGUGAUGGUUCAAGUCCUUCCUUAAUGCCCUGUAGUGAGCAUGUCUGGGUUUUGAGGUGUCCUUUCCAAGGUUGUGCAAGAAAAAUCAACAUCAAUGUUUGGGAAUUUAUUAUCGCUUUUGUGGUCUAGAUGCCAAUUUCAUCUUGAGGUAGAAAUGAACUUGUGACACCUAACUGGGAUGGUUAAUAUGGAAUGUGUCGAUUGAUUAUUGGAUGUAGAUGGUUGAGAGUUUGGCAUUGUUAGGUGAACAAAACAGUUGUCCUAACCAGUGCUGCUACCUUGGGAUAGCAUUGAUCACUUUUGAGUCUUUUGGUGGCAACCGUGGGUUAUAGGGACCACAUUUGUGUGUACUUUUUUGUGUUAAGGGACUUUGCAUCUUCUCUUCAACCCUUGGCUGUAUGACAUUAUCAGAAUUACAAGUGGAGGAACUCAGACAUGUUAUCUUGCUUGAUGGGCCAAGUAGGUGGUGAGUUUAACUCACUGAUGGAGCUUGGAGAUCUUUGUGGAAGUUUGCUGACGAAGGCAUCCAGGAUUCAGUGGAUGGGCACUGGGAGAGCCUUAACAAUCUACAGAAGAUGCCAUAACCAUGAAGGUUAUGCAAAGAAAUCGGACUUGGAGAUUAUUAUUAGGGAGCAUUGGCUACAUGUGAAAAUGCCAAGAAAGUUCAUCCAACAUAUGGCCUACCAUGCAGUUUCAUGUCAGAGGUAGGUGACAUGUAUGUUGCUUUUACUUUUGUUGGCAGUAUAAAGGUGAGCAGGAGAUUGUUUCAGAGUGAUUGACUCUUUAUUAAUUUGUGAUAUGUGUUGGAUGUUAUGCAUCUGUCCUUACCUUUUUCUUUUCCUCCCUCUUUUAAAGUGGUCUGAUGGGUUGGUGGUGCUGUGUACUAAUGCUGUGAGCAACUUUGGUGCAUGCACCAAAUGCCUGGAUCUGAGUUUGCUUGGAACAAGACUCUACUACACAUUAAAUGGCAUUUAAGGAGAGGAAUUUGGACUGGUUA